UGAAGGCUUGAGUUCUGAGUUCUGGGCAUCGUGGUUGGUUUAAGCUCAUCGUGGGGUUUUCAUUUUCUUCUCUCUCUCUCUCUCUCUCUCUCUCUCUCUCUCUCUCUCUCUUUACCGUUCGGAUCUCUCGAAGUAGCAUUUGCCUUUGAAAAUUUGUUUGCUCUGUUACCUGUAUAAUAUGGAACAAGAAAACAGCAAGAAGGGCACUGGUAAUCCUCCAAAAGAGUCUUCUAAUCAUCAAUUAUCAGGAAAAGAUGAUAGCAAGAAGGAUACAAAUCAUGAUGAAGGAUCUAGUAAACCGGAGUUAAGUGAGAAGAAUACUCCGCAAUCAUUGAAGUCCAAAUCUAAAAUCGUUAAGAAAUCUAAGGCUGGUAAGUUUAAGACCAUAACAAAUAAAGGUUUUCAACAGAUUGGGGGAAAGAAAAGAAAUAUGAAGAACAUGAAAGUAGUGGGCAAAACUGAUGAACCGCCUAAAGAAAAGAUUGAGAAGGCUGAAAAGAAUAAAGAGAAGGAAAGUCAAAAUGGGAGCACUGGUUACAAAAGUCCUAUUGAGAAGAGCCAUUGGGCUAAAAAUAAUAAGAUCAUUAAGUUGGAUGAGAGUGAACAAAAACAGAAGAAUGAAGCAAAUCAUAGAGAGUCAGACAAGGGUGCCGAUAGUGGAAUGAACAAAGAUAAGCAUAGUGGCAUGGAAAAUAUGGAGUCAAGGGAAAAAAAGAGUGAGAAACUUGGCGGUUUCAUUUUUAUGUGCAAUGCAAAGACAAAACCUGAUUGUUUCCGCUAUCGGGUCAUGGGAGUUUCAGUUGCUAAAAAAGACAUUAUUUUAGGUGUCAAGCCUGGGACUAAGCUUUUUCUUUUUGACUUUGAUCUGAAACUGUUGUAUGGGAUUUACAAAGCUUCAUCUUCUGGUGGUAUGAAACUUGAACCCUGUGCUUUUGGUGGUAACUUUCCUGCUCAGGUGCGGUUCAAUGUUGCUUCUGAUUGUUUCCCUCUACCCGAGAGCAUAUUCAAAAAGGCCAUCAAGGAAAAUUACGACGAAAAGAAUAAGUUCAAAACAGAACUUACUCUUAGACAAGUUAGGAAGCUUUCUGAACUUUUCCGACCAGUGAAUAUUCAUUCAGCCUUGCAGCCUGUCCAUUCCCCUUCAAGAGCAGUAAUUCAAGAACGGGAAGCUUCUGAUGGUGUUAGGGGAUCAUGGCACCAUUUGCAGAGGGAAAGACCAGCUGGAGAUCCUUAUAUCAAUAGUAAUGUGAGAAGCUAUAAUGUGCUGUCUCAUGAAAGGGAUCCCCAAAUCGAACGGCAAGAGGAAAUUCCUCGUGAUUUAUUUCUCACUGAGAAGAGUUAUCGAGCUCAUGGUCUUCAAGGAGAUAGAAGAAACGCGACUCGAGCUUCUCUAGUUAAUCAUAUACCGGAUCCUUAUCAGAGAGAUUAUGAGAGAGACUAUCAAAAUGUCCCUCCACAUGUUGAUAGCCUUCCUGCUGAUCCUCUUCAUUUGAGGGAGAGUGAACACCAGACCUAUUUUCGUGGUGCAACUUCUGAACAUGUAGAGGAUCCUCAUCAUGCCUAUCGCUAUGGUACUUCAGCAAGGGAUCCAUAUUUGCAGCCUUUAAGUAGAGAGGAAAUCUCUUCAAGCUCUUAUUUGUUUGGGGGAAGAACCUUGUUGGGGACUGAAAACUUAGAAAGGAGAGAGACUGUUCAAGAUAGGCUUCACUCAACAUAUUCUGCUGCUGAUGCUUUGUCUGAAUACAAUAGGAUGCAGCAUUACCAUGGUGAUGAAGCUUCAGAUGUGCGGGUUUCAUCGCGUUACUCUUUUGCUGGUCCUUCAUAUUCACUUCGCUAAAUUAAACAUGCAGUCUGAAUACACCUUGUCAUGUGUUCCUAAGAUUUUCUUCAAUUAUGGUGAUUGACUAACAUACAUAAAAAAUCUGUGAAUCCUAAUGCUUUUUCUCAGGCUCCUCUGAAUUGGGAAAACAUUUCUACAUUGUGUCUGAUAUUUGCAAAAUGCUGUAAAAUUUGAAAAAUGCCAAUAAUAAUGACAAUUUACCAUGCAGGCUGAUAAGAGCCUUGGAGUGUACCACCCUAAAAGUUAGCUCAAAGGGUGGGAAUGUCCAAGGCCUUAU